CCCUCUCUGUGCUAGUACUUCCGGGUCCUGAUGUUUACAGUGGGAGCCGCUCAGCAGCUGCGGACUUUGUUUGUUUGUUUGUUUGUUUGAGUGGCUCAGAAAGUCACGUGGUUCAGCGAAACAUGUUCAGCUGCUGCUGCUCUCUGCGCAUGACAACUGCAGGCUCUAAUUUCUAACUCUGGUGCUGCGCAGACUCACUGAAGCUAACCAAGCUAACCAAGCUAAGCUGCUGACGUCAGGUCGAUGUUUCACGUCAGUGGCUCACAGACACGUUUUCUCCUCAAGCUGCAGAAGAUUCAGAUCUGAAGGUCCAGUAACGCAGAAACCAUGAAGAAGAAACCGCGGCGUCUAAAGAUCUCAUCGCCCCAGACAGCCGCCGAUGGAUGCAGCAGGAAGACUGGAGCCAGGGAGACUCUGCUGACCUCAGUCCCCUCAACCACAGACGACUUGUCCCCUGAAAGGACGGCGAUGGACACAAACUCACACUUCAGCGUGAAAAAAGACAACGAAGAGAAAGAUCCAGAGAGCAAAUCCAGAUGUUCGGUAGGAAGGACGUCCAGCGCUGUCUGUCGUCUCUGCCAUGGAAAGUUCUCCCCGCGCAGUCUAAGGCAUGUCUUCAGCAGGUGGCAGCGGCCCCUGGACCCGGCCGCCCCCUCGCCCCUCCCGUUCCAUUCGGACUUCCAGCGUUUGGUCGGGGUCCGAUUGGACCGGGAUCCGCGGCUCUCAGACUUCAUCUGCAAAAGGUGCCACACGAAGUUCUACAAGUGCCACAGCAUCCUGCGGCGGUUCCUGCAGAGGGUCAACCUGCCGGCGCUCGGAACCGGGAACCGGAAUAACCUGAAGGGUCCGAACGCACCGGCAAACGAUUCGCCAGGAAAACCAGCGUGUUUCCCGUCUUCAGAACCGCCAUGCUUCGCCUCUGACCCAAAGUGCCUUCACAGCCUGGUGGGCUGGGCGCACCGCCACGGUGAGGCCUGCACUUCCUGCCCCGACCUGAAGGAGGUGCUGGAGGGGCGGUGCGGGGGCUCCCUGAGGGCCAUAUGGGGGUGCGCCGACGGCCAUCGUUACAUCAUGGACACUCAGAGCGCCACCGCCGGUUACCUGGGAGACCAGGUGGGCUACUGGGGCGGAGCCUCGUGGAGGCGGAGCAACGAAGAGGAUGGAGACGAGAAGGUUCUGGAUGGACGGAUGAACCCAGAAACCCAACAGAACCAGGACGACUGGGCUGAAGGCUUUCCUGAAGAGGCGACAUCUCCGGCAGCUGCCCCACUCCAGGACCGGACCGCCGACAGCGACAUGUCGGACAGGGCAAUCUCUGAGGAGGAGCUCCAGGAGAACCGGACCCGGUCCGAUGAGGAGAUGUUUGACCCAGUCCAGAACCAGAGAACCUCUAGGCUCAGCAGAACCCGGAGGAGGCAGAACCCAAAAACCUCAGAGGAAUCCAGAGUCCGAAAAAAACCUGGACCCAAACCGGGCUGGAAGAACCAGUUCCGGCCCAAAGGGGAGGAGCUUCCCAACAUCUACAAGUGUCCGUACCAGGGCUGCACUGCCGUCUACCGAGCGCCUGACGGGUUAAAGAAACACAUUAAGGAGCAUCAUGAGGACAUGAGGGAGCGGCCGUGUCCCCAUCCCGGCUGCAACAAGGUGUUCAUGAUUGACCGCUACCUGCAGAGGCACAUCAAGCUCAUCCACACAGAGGAGAGGAACUACAUCUGUGAUCAGUGCGGUCAGACCUUCAAGCAGCGGAAACACCUGUCGGUUCAUCAGAUGAGACAUUCAGGAGCCAAACCGCUGCAGUGCGAGGUGUGCGGCUUUCAGUGCCGCCAGCGGGCGUCCCUCAAGUAUCACAUGACCAAACACAAAGCCGAGUCCGACCUGGCCUUCGAGUGCCGGACCUGCCGAAAGCGCUUCGAGAAACCACACAACCUGAACGUCCACAUGUCCAUGGUCCACCCGCCGGUUCUGGCUGAGGCCCGGCAGGCCGGCCCGGUUCGCCUGCAGACCAUCGGCCUCACCGGAGAGCUGGUCCCCCAGGACCAGGACAGAUGACAGCCGGGGGUCGGGUCCAGAGGAGUCUGCAGCUGGACGCAGUUUUUCACAAGGUCCUUCAGACGGAACCAGGAAGCAGAACUCAGCCGGGUUCGUCUGAAUCUCCCUGUCGAAGCAACAGACCAAUAUUUGAUCCCAUCCAUUAUGAUGGGCGUUUAGAAGUACAGCUGCAGCCGGCCCUUAUUACCAUUUCAUAACAAUGACGCUUUAUUUUGAAGGUCUGUUUUUUCAGCUCUGUGCAACAUUUCGGUGGAGCAUCAGUUAAACCAGAUUUCUAAAUCCUCACGGUUUUCUAUUUAUUCAUUAUACUCCAUGACUGAUGAAGUCGCUUGUUCAGAUUUCUCUGGAUUAUUUGGGUUUAAAAGCCCAGAACUCGGUUCAGUUUGAUCAGAUAUUAAUGUUCAGAUGAGCAGGAUGUGGAGUUCCUGUUUCAGCCACCAGAGGGCGCUGGAGUUCAGUAAUGUGAUGCUAUUGCAGGACUUAAGUCUUUGGUUCUGGAAUCACUCCUAUUAUUCCAGAUUCACGUUUCUAACAAUUGGGCUGCUGGUCAGACAAUGAACUAUUUAAAAGCUGAUGUUUGCAGUUGAUGCACCAGGUGGCGCUGUACUUAAUGUCAGCAGCAGGAAGGAGAAGGAGGAGGAGGAACUGGUUUUAUUCUAUUUAGGAUUCAUGUUACUGCAGAAAAAUCUGAAAAAUAAAAAGUUUCCAUGAAACCGA